GCGGGAAGGCAGCGGAAGCGCCUCCUGGUAGUCAGCCACCCCACCUUCCCGCCUCCUUCACUUCCUCCCACGCGGAGAGAACUUGAGGCGGGGGAAAUCCUUUUUUUUAAAAAAGAUUUGAUCUUCAGGAGAAAUUUAUGGGAUAAGGAAAAUGAUGACAUCCAUUGUAAACACCAGCUUCACCUUGAUUCCCAACCAGAAAUAUAGACGUAGCAACCGACGAUCCAGUCAUUCUUACAUCAUUGGCUCAGAUUCUCAAAACUUAUCAACUCUUGGGGAUUUUAAAGCAUUGCCAUUAGAGCUUUUCCAAAUAAUUUUGGAAUAUCUGUCAGUGAAGGAUAUCAGCAAGCUAAGCAUGGUGUCAAAAACUAUCAACCACCGACUUAUUAAUUAUAUCUCAACCUCGUCAGGAAGCAGAAGGCUUUUACAGCAAGAUUUUCAUAACCAGGAGCUGUCGGGCAGAAGGCAAGGCUCCUAUUUGCUGGAGCAUUACAGAUCUCUAGGUUUAUUGUUUAAAAGGUGUACAUUGCUGCUGCCCACAAAAGAAAGGCUAAAGUACAUUCACAAGAUACUCUCAGAAGUUUCAUGUUUUAAAUUCAGUGGUUGUGGAGUUCCUAUGCAAUGUUUAGGAUUACCAUGCUAUGGAAUGUUUUUACAGACCCUAACAGCAGGUUGGGAUGAGUUGGAGUGCCACCGUGUUUAUAACUUCCUAUGUGAGUUGACUAACCUACCCCGCAAGGUGCAGACAGUUGUUUGCAGUAAACCAGGAAGUGCCAGAAAGUUGGAGUUAAGGAUUAGAUUAUUCUGUCGAAAUGUCCUACUAGAUCACUGGAUACAGAGAAGUGACUCUGCCUUUUGGUUGACUCGAAUACUAAAACCAUGGCCAAUGGUGAAUCAGGCACGACUGCUCUAUAUAAUCUUUGGACCAAUAUCAUCUCAGGAUGGACAGGUGGUUUGGCAGAAAAUGACAGAAGGACCUACAGAUGAAACCAGUCUGAAAGGCUUAGCUGAUGCCAUUAAAUUACUGUAUGACACUGACACUAAAGAGUGGACAGCAGAUGAUGUAAUCAGUCUUGUAGAUGAACUAUCAGUGGUUCCUCGAGAAUGGCUUCUGGAGAAUAAUGCACGUCUCCUUAUCCUAAGUGGGAACAAUAUUUGUUUCACCUUCAUGGCUAGCAAAGCUGUGAAUGGACGGGCCAAUGAACUGGCGAGGAUGAUUGUCUUUUUGGCUUUGGUCUGUGAGAAGGACUUGUACUGCAUGGACUGGGCAGUCAAAAUGAUGCAAAAAGUCUGCAAAGUCUUUAGCACUCAGAUGGAGAGAAAUAACUUCCUGCAAAAUGUGGAAAAUGCAUUUGCACGUGUUAUAAUGGACAUGCUGCAAUCAGUUAUGUCUGGAGAUCGAGAUGAAGAGGAUAGCAGCUUUUUGAAUUUGUUUCAUCUUGUGAAUGCACAGGCUAAUUUCCAUAAGGAAGUUUUAUAUAUAACUAUGAACAAUACCUCCACCUAAAUACUCAUACAUGAUUUUAGGACAUGCCUCACUGAUUCACCCUGUGAUAGUUUCUUUUCUCAAUGUUUAUCUUUUCACACAUGAUAAUGUCUGUGUGAUUUUUUUUUAAUUAUCUACUGUCCUAAGAGCCAAAAUUUAAUUUACUCUGUCCUAAGAGCCAAAAAAUAGUGCUCUAGAGUUUUUGGAAGCAUCUGAUUACAUAACUGAGCCUAGAAUGCUUUGUGAAAGACUUGUAAAGGAGUUUGGGGCUGUUUAGAAUAUAAAUCUACAUUCUUUGCCAUCUCUGUGACUAUAUAACCACAAUGAGAAUAUUAUUCACAUCAUUGUUCACUUUUGCAGAAAGUAACAUCAUCUAGGCAAAAAGAAAACAUAUUUUGCUCCUUUUCUUUAAAGUAAAUCACAUACUUUGCUAGGGAUAAAUUCUGCAAAUAAAGUAAAAGUGUAAAAGGAAGGAAAUUAUUUAUUUUGCUGCCUGAACAACUUCAAAAGUAACUUUUUUUUUCUCUUGUGAUGCUUCUUUCAUAAGAUAUUUUCCCUCAUCCUCAGAAAGUGGGUUGCUUCAAGGAGGUCUGAAAAAGGAAACUGGAAAUAUCAGAGGUUAGAAUAGACAAAUUAGCCUCAGAGAGAUCUAGUUCAAAAAGUCAGUGGAUGUAUCCACAACUAAAUUAUUUUUAAAAUCCCAGGAAGAGGAACAUGGGAAGAGCAGAGAUCUAGAAUAAUUUCAACUGAACCAACUGUCUCUGUUACAUCAGUUAUAUAAAAAAUCAAAGUACCCAAUGGGGCCAAAACUGUAUUGGAAUCUAUUCCUCUGUAGCUCUGGCUUCCAUUACUUACUUCUGCUAAAGAUAAAUUGCAGGUACUUUGCCAUGAUCCUUUCAGAGGUCUGGCACUCUGGGUUUGACUUCCCUCACUAGACCUCCUUCAUCAAACCACUUGAAAUGACUUACCUGGGAAUGAAGAAAGGCUCCUGAAGAGUAAGCAGGAGAAGUGAAUGUUACAUGAAGAUAGGAUGGCUCUAGCAGACUGGAUUAGUGCAUGGGGAAAUGCAAAUUGUGGGAAAUCCUGGAAUGUUUGGUUAUAUUUUGUAUAUGAAUAAGAGCAGAAUUUGAACAAAACUAAGGAAAAGGAUAAAUUGUGGGAAAACGUUAAUUGUAAUAACAAAAGUGGCAUUUCACUGAAGUUUCUGUUCGGACAGGAUUUACUUCAGAAAAUCUGCACUUUUAGAAGGUCAAAAAUGAACAUUUUCUUACUAUGAUAAAAGUUUUUGCAUGGAACUACACUUAUGAAAGAAAUGGUCCAAAUUUAAUUACUAUAAUAGUGAGGAUUUUGCCAGGUUUUCAUUUAGCUUUUUCUGCAAAAGACAAAGGUUCUUGCUUUCUUCCUUUGGUUUCCUUUUGUUCUUUUUCUGAUAAGAAUUCCCCCACAGUUGAGGUCUAAAAGCUAAAAGUUGGGAGAUAACCAGAAUCUGUAAUAUGAUUUUUAUUUUUAUAUAAUAGUAUCAUAUCCAUAAAACGUCUUGUAUAUAACUAGGAUGUAUUUAGUAAAAUAUUGUUGUAUGUAUGCUGAAAAUACACCCUAUUGAAUAAUUUUAGGGUGAAAAAGAGAAAUUAUUUUUGAAAUAGUGAUCAUAAUAGCUUGAAAGGUAAUUAUUUGCAUAUAAGUAGUAAUGAUUUUUCAUAUUAUUUCACUGUAAAAAGCUAAGCAUCAUGCAUCGUAGUACUAGAAAUGUGGCAUAUCAAAGUUUCUCGGGUUAUUAUUCAAAUUAUCAAAACUAUUUGGUUGUUUUCAGCAAGAUUGCAAAAUUAGCAUAGUAGGGUUUCUGUAAAAGAUACUGCAACUUGGAUUUUAGAACUUGAAUUGUAUUGAUUUGUUUUGAUAAAUUGUCUACUCUGAAGAAAAAAAUAUUCUAUUUUGUUAUAGUGUCUCACAGUGAAAUGUUAUAUCACCUUCUAGUCAGAAUUGGAAAAAAUCAAAAACUACAUUCAUUCUUUGUUGAUAGUGGUUAAAUUGCCUCAUUUGGCUACCAAUAAAAAAUAAACUGACAUAUUUUAAGACCUAUCUUUGAGGAUUACAAAUAGUAUUUGAAACCAAAUUUGCAGUUUUUCAGUUCAACCAGUCCAGUUUUCCAUGAAGUGAUACAUAUGUAUUUGUCAUCAGGAAUAAAUUGAGAAGUCAAAAUUUAAUGAAAGUUUCCUAUUAUUGUUUUUUAAAAUUACCACUGUUAUCUUAAAGGUAGGGAUAUAUAUGUCACUACAAAACUGAGGCAUUUGGAGAUAAACAGUAUUAAUGCCCUGCAAGGAGAGCUAUUAGUCAAUUUUCAACAAAUCACAUUACAAAAAAAUCAUCACAAUAAUUUUGAAAAUACUAAAAACUCCAAUUUUGUCAUAAGUUAGAUUGACAUACAUGUCUGGCCUUUCAUUCCAUUGAUUUCCUUAGUCACCUCUGACCUUUUAUAGGAUAAAGUCACUUCUACAAGAAAAGUUUCCAAAAUGCCAUUAAUCAUAGUAAUAAUACUCCUUUAAAAUGAAUUAACAGUUUUUACCUAAUGUCAAGGGCUUUAUACUUCUUGACAUUACAGACUAUCUCUUGUAACAGGAUUUUUUGGGGAAAGGGGAGGGAGUUGGUAAAAUGUUUACCCCCAAGUUUCAUCUUAUUCAGUUGACAAGUGGUAAGUGGCUAUUUUGUUACCUGGAAAUUGAUCUAGUUAAGUUGCUGACCAUCACAAUGUGCUUGAAGGGGUAGAUAGUAGGUACUUUAUUGUAUGCAUUUUGGUUCCUCUACUAUUCAGUUCAUACCUUUAGUUCCUCUGUGAAUAACAAGAGAGUUGGUGCCAGAAUUCUCAUCUGCCUCUGAGAACUAGAGCAACCAUAAACUAUUCCAGUAAAAAGCUGGAAUAGUUUACCUUUACACAAGUGGUAUAGAGUCAUAUCUUUCCAGAUUUCUGUCUCAAGAAAGGUUAUGAAUACUAAAAAGGAAGCCUUUGGUGGGUACCUGAUUAGUUAUUGAAUACCUUAUUAACCAUACAACUUCACUACCAGUUCUACCAAUCAGUUAGCUCUGAAGGCUAGAAGAACUCAGGAUAUAUUUACAUGUCAUCUACUCAACUGAAAUAAGAUUGAGGAGAGAGAAAUGAACUGAAAAAGAUCUGCUUUCACCUAAUCUUUCCAAGUAGAGAAAUAACUAGAAAUACUGAAUACUUUUCAUUAAGUAAGUAGACAAGGGGAAAACCCCAGAAUAUACCUCUGAUACCAAAAAUAGUCACUGGAAUUUUUUUAAAAAGCAAACUGUUUAUAUCUUGCAAAAGUCUUGACUUUGAAAAAGGAUAUUUAAUAUAGGUAGAAUACCAAGAUCACUGCUUUCUUAAAAGUGUAUAAGACACGGGAAAAUAUAUAUAUUGUUAUAAAAAGUUUUAUAUUCAUGAUAAAAUGUAUUUAAGUAACUAACAUUUAAUAUUUGCUAAAUUAUAUUUUAAUUUAUUUCAUAUUAAUAAAGUAAA